UACCUUCACCAUCGUCUGUUCUUUUGUUGAUCUACUAUAUACAUAUAGCCUACACAUACACACACACACACGCAUAUAUAUAUAAUAACGUCUCCCGCGUACGCCCAUGGAUCUAAGUUACUUGAUUGUUCGGGGUCCCAUACACCAUACGAUGUAACGUUAGUUUUACUAAAACUUGUAUUUUACGUUUCAAAUGUUUAAAAUCUUUUCUGACCUAACUGCAACACAGCAGACAUGUAAUUGAAGGUUUAGCCGUCUGUUUUACCAAUUCUACCCCGAUAAAAACAUGUCUGUUUGGAUUUGUAUUCAGCAACAAGUACUGCUACAGUCUGAGAACCAGUUUGCCAAAUAUGACGUUAGCUCAUGUUUCCUGGUGUGAGGGUUUUGAGGGUAAAGUAAACGUGAAUAUAGUGCCGUAGUUUGAGUACUCACUCAGUGUUGCAGUGAGUCAGGGACCAGACACACAUCAACCAUGCAGCAGCUGAAAUGGGUAUUCUCCAUUAUAUAUCUUCUCUCGCGGUGCUCUGUGUGCCAGGCUUAUGUGGUCAGGCGUUCCGGCAAGGCCGAAUCAUCAGAUAAGUCUUUCUCGGGAUUUCUCUCUGACCACCCUUUUAACAGCCUGUCAGGUUCCUGCAAAAACAGGUGCUUUGAACUAGUGGAAAGUGAACCCCCAAACUGUCGCUGUGACAACCUGUGUAAAACAUACAAUACUUGCUGCUCAGACUUCGAUGAGCACUGCCUGAAAACAGCGGGGGGCUUUGUGUGCAGUAAAGAGCGCUGUGGUGAAACUCGUAAUGAACAGCAUGCCUGUCACUGCUCAGAAGACUGCAUGGCCAAAGGAGACUGCUGUACCAACUACAGGUCUCUCUGCAAAGGUGAUGCUCCCUGGUUGCAGGAAGAGUGUGAAGAGAUUAAAAACCACGAGUGUCCAGCCGGGUUUGUUCGGCCCCCUGUCAUCAUGCUGUCUGUUGAUGGCUUUCGUGCAUCUUACAUGAAAAGAGGAAGUAUGGUGAUCCCCAAUAUCGAGAAACUCAGAUCAUGUGGAACACAUGCACCAUACAUGAGACCUGUGUACCCCACCAAAACCUACCCAAAUUUGUAUACAAUUACAACAGGGCUUUAUCCUGAGUCACAUGGAAUUGUGGGUAACUCCAUGCAUGAUCCUGGCUUUGAUGCCAACUUUAACAUUCGUGGGAAAGAAAAGCUCAACCAUCGAUGGUGGGGAGGACAACCUAUCUGGAUAACAGCAGUGAAACAAGGAAUAAAGGCUGGUACAUUUUUCUGGCCAGUUUCUGAUGUGUGGUGCAUUAACAGUGGCAUUCCAUUGGAAAGGAGAGUUCUGACCAUGUUGCAGUGGCUUCACCUUCCGGAUGCGGAGAGGCCAUAUGUUUAUGCAAUGCAUUCUGAACAGUUGGAUUCCUAUGGCCACAAACUAGGACCCCACAGCACUGAGAUUGACAGCGCACUGAAGGACAUUGAUAAGGUGAUUGGACAGCUAAUGAAUGGCCUGAAACAGAUGAAACUGCACCGCUGUGUCAAUAUCAUCUUGGUUGGAGACCAUGGCAUGGAGGAAGCUCAUUGUGACCGCACAGAGUUCCUGAGCUCUUACAUGUCCAACACUGAGGACAUCAUUCUAAUUCCUGGGUCUCUGGGAAGAAUCCGAGCCCGAAAUCCAAACAACUCUAAAUAUGAUGCAAAAGCAAUUGUAGCAAACCUUACGUGUAAAAAGCCAGACCAGCACUUCAAACCAUACUUGAAGCAGCAUCUUCCCAAACGCUUGCAUUAUGCCAACAACCACAGAAUUGAGGAAGUUCACUUGAUGGUUGAGAGGAAAUGGCACAUAGCACGGUAAAUUACCUACCACAUAAUUACAUUUCAGUCUUCAUGGUUAAAAUUGUUAAAAUGUCCAAAUGUAUCACAUUUCUUGAUUUGUAGAGAUGCUUAAACCUACUAUGCAAAAAU